CGUGAGGUGUGGUUUAAAAAGGGCAUUCCAAAUAAUAUAUAUAUUUAUGUAUAUAAUUUUCUUGUUCCUGUCUCCUAAAUUCUGCAGGGAAAUGACAGUGUUAAAGAAAGGUCCUUACCACAACAAUAAUGAAGUGUUAUCGCGAAAGAACAGUCGAUGUCUGACUGAUCAACAGGUUUGCUUCGAGUAUCGUGAGCCCUUCAUCACUUCAGGAUAUCGCAGUCCUGGUUUUACCUUGUGGCAGUGUAUAUGCAGUAUAUUUGAGACACAUAAUGAAACUAUUAAUGUCUGGAGCCAUUUCGCUGCUGUUAUUGGUUUUCUGUUCUUGUGUGUGCCAGUGUUUCUGGAUAAUAAUCCACUACAAGAUUCAUUUGUUUAUCCAUUGUUGGCUUAUUCGGUGGGAAUCUGUGCAAUGUUUAUUAUGAGUUCUUUUGCUCAUUUAUUCAACUGUAUGUCCAUAAAAGUGCGUCACAUUUGCUUCUUCUUGGAUUAUGCGGCUAUCAGUACAUACACCUUUACAGCAGGACAGGUUUUCUUCUUCUAUUCUCGUCCUAUCAACACAGAUCUGAAGUUGUUGAAGUCCUCUACUGUAUUCCUGGCCAUCUCUGCUUUUAUUUCAGUUGCUUCAACCUACAUGUGUUGUGCUUCUAGACACGCCUGGAUCAAGCACAAGUUCCUCAUACGUACAGGUACUUAUUCAUUGUCCUGGGUUUAUAACACAUUGCCCUACUUCAGCCGUACUUUCCUGUGCGAAAGUGCUACCGACUGUAACAUAGAGUCAUUCAAAUAUUUCAAGAGGCAAGUCAUUUAUUUCAUUGUUGCUGCCAUAUCAAACGCCAGCCGAAUUCCCGAGAGAUUCAUCCCUGGUUUCUUUGACUUCUUUGGCCAAAGCCAUCAUUUUCUGCACAUUUUAUGUGCAUUGGGGUCAGUUGAUGACUUUAUUGCAGUAUACCUAGAUAUGACUACUAGACGAGAGAUACUGACGGGUCCUGGCAUGUCACUACCUACAUUCUACAACAGCAUUGGUCUGAUGCUCAUUGUUCUGACUACUAAUAUUGGCAUUGUAAUUUGGUUUGCGAUAAAGUGUCCACAUGAUGAAAAAAGUGAAAACAAGCACUUGAAAUCUAAAUGAUUGGACUAUAAUGAAUACACAAAGCGAAUAUUGAGCAACUGGGGCCCUGAAGUUUGGACGUUCAGUAUUCUGAGGCAUCUUCAAAAGUGGCAAAGUGUUUCUGUGUGACUUGUGCCCGGCCCAAUAAAUUGAAUAAAAUCAAACAUUUGAUCCCAUCAAGUCCGAUCCAAUCGAAUGAUUGGAUUCGAUUGCAUUUGGCAAUUGAAUGAAAUUAAUUCACAAAAAAAUUGGAGCCAAUCACAACACAGUACACAAUUUAUUGAACAUUUGAUUACGUUUGAUUGUAAUUUAGGAUUGAUUGGAGUCAAUCCAAUUGUUUAUGUUCAAUAAUUGUACAUUCUCUUCAUUCAAUUGAAAUCGAAUACAAUUAAAUCACAAUUUUUUUAGCAUUCAAUUUCGUUCGAUUGCAGAAUUCCUGAAUCCAAUCAUGUGAUAGGGUUGAUUGAAUAAGCCUUUUCAUAGUUUAAGAAUUGAUUCCACUGCGCAUGCGAUUUUAUCCCAAAUUUCUCACCUUCUUUUGUCUAAACCUCCUUUUGUUCUUAAUUAAACAAAAGAAGGUGAGAAAUUCGGGAUAAAAUCGCAUGCGCAGUGGAAUCGAUUCUUAAACUAUGAAGGCUUAUUCAAUUUCCAAAUCAUUCAAUUGAUAAUACCUGGCUAAUUUGUGAACCAAAAUAAUUAACUGUGUGAUUCAUGAUCGUACAUCACAAUGUUUUGUGUGAUGUGUGAUAAGUAAAAAACAUGUCUCCAUGACACUCACAUGUAAUGAUAAAAAGGUAAAUUAUGCACUGUGAAAAGAUGAAAAAAACUUACUGACGUUUUGGACACUAGUCCUUCGUAGGAGCAAAAGAGUAAAAAGUACUUUUUUAUCAUUACUGUUUCAUUAGAAACACCGACGCAGCUCACACUAGUUUUUAGCUAGUUAUCUCUUAUUACACUCACAUGAUUUAGUUUAAAAAUUCAGCAUGGUGCAUGAUGGAAGCCAUGCCUUUGCUAGUCUGUUUGAACUGUAUACAAAAGGUUAAUGUUAAGUUACAGUAAAAAGCAAUUAUAUAAUGGUGUCCAAGUACCUCCAAGUCAUCUCAACAGGAAUAAGACAAAUGUUGAUCCAUCCCUGGAGAUUCCUUCAUAGAAGUCUUAAUGUUAUCAUGUUACCAGGCAAAUAUUUCUCAUCUCCUCUAGAGAUGCAGGAUGACCAUGCAACCCUAAUAAGAAUGUUUGUGCAGGAGGCUAGGGGUGACAUGACAGGCUGGCUUUGUUCUUACAAUAUCAUUAUUAUUCCUUCAAUGGCCCUAUUUCACUAUGACGUCAGUGCUUGUUUAUGUGGGGGAUAGAAUUGCCAAAUCCAAUAGAAAACUCAACAAAAUUUGUCCCUAGUGAA